AUUUAAUAGGUAAUAUAAAUUAAUAAUAAAUUUAAAUAAAUACCAUAUUAUAUUAGUAAUUUAGUGUUCGAACUUAGUAUUUAAUACGUACAGUUUAUAUGUGUUAACAUGGGCACUAAGUUAAAAUCUAUGCUUAUUGAACAGGUAACAAAUUACGCGGUGAAAAAUAAUUGUAGCUAUAACCACUUAACAAAUAUUAAUUUAUUAUACAACACCAAAGAAAAAGUUUACGAUGUUCAUUUAACAUCGCAAAAUAAACAAGGUUUAAAGCGUUCCCAAAAUGGGCUGGAUUCUGAAUCUCUAUACUUCCAAGUGGAUAAGACUCUUGUUAUAAAAAAUGUUCUUGAUUCUUUGAAACAAAAUACCCAAGAAAUAAAUGAGAAUCCAGAGAAAAUAGUCAUUGACUUCAGUUCUCCAAACAUAGCAAAACCAUUUCAUGUUGGCCAUCUGAGAUCAACAAUUAUUGGUAAUUUUAUAUCAAAUAUCAAUUCAUACUUUCAUAAUGAGGUAAUAAGAUUAAAUUAUUUGGGAGAUUGGGGUACCCAGUUUGGACUUCUCCAAUAUGGAAUAAACUCUAAAAAUAUUUCCUUAAACCACCUUAAAGAAAAUCCUAUUAAACUGUUGUAUGAUAUUUAUGUUGACGUCAAUAAAAUAGCAUCUAAAGAUGAGACUGUAAGAAAUGAUGCAAAAAAAUAUUUUAGUGAUAUAGAAGAAGGAAAAUCUAAUUUAGAAACUUGGCAAGCUAUAAGGGAAAUUACUAUUAAAGAGUUGGAAACAGUUUAUGAAAGAUUAGGGAUAAAAUUUGACUAUUAUGAAUGGGAAUCAGAUUAUAAUGGUAAAGCUAUAAAUAAUAUAUUGGAACAGUUAGAAAAAACUAAGAUACUAACCACUCAUGAAACUGGAAAAAAGAUAGCCAAAGUUAACAAUCGAGAUGUGACAGUAUUCAAAAGUGACAAUUCAACACUGUAUCUAUCAAGAGAUAUUGCAGCAUUGUUAAACAGAUUUAAUAGGUUUAAAUUUGACAAAAUGUUGUAUGUUGUUGAUAAUGCACAAACUGAUCAUUUCACAGCCCUUAUUGAUAUAGUGGGAAGGCUAAAAAAGGAAUGUAUUAGAGGAUGUGAACAUGUUAAAUUUGGCAGAAUCAAAGGCAUGAGUACUAGACAGGGAAAUGUUGUUUUUCUCAAUGAUAUUUUAGAUGAAGCAAAAUCAAAAAUGGUUGAGCAGCAGCUGCAGUCAAAAAAUACAAGGCAAACUGCAAUGAAUGAAGAGACAUGUGAUACUUUAGGGAUAACUGCUGUAUUAAUUAAUGAUUUAAAGCAAAGAAGAACAAAGGACUAUGAAUUUGAUUGGGAUCGAGCCUUGCAGAGUGAUGGAGACAGUGGUAUUAAACUACAAUACCUGCAUUGUAGAUUGUGGAGUCUUGAGCAAAAUUCUGGUUCAAUAAUACCAGAUUUUUGUGAUCCCAAUUUUUUAGAUGAAGACAUAAUUGCUGUUGUAGUGGCUGAAUUAGCAAAAUUUGAUAAUGUAUUAAAAAGAGCUUGUGAGGAAAAAGAAGCAUGUAUAAUUGUAAAUUAUUUAUUUAAGUUAUCACGACAUGUUAACAGAAUGUUUAAUGAAGUAAAAGUCAAAGGUGCUGGUGAAGAGCAAGCUUCUCAAAGACUUCUAGUAUUUUAUUGUGUACGAAAAGUUUUAAAUACUAGUCUAAAAAUUUUGGGGGUUAAACCUUUAUAUGAAAUGUAAACAUUUAAAUAAAAUGAUUUAAUUCA